UCUACGUCGGCACCCCCUCCACCGCCAGCUACCUCGUCCGACCCCAAAAUCAGCAAGAUUGUUGAUGACAUCUCUGAGCUUACCCUGCUUCAGGCUGCGGACCUCGUUACUUUGUUGAAGUCUCGACUGAACAUCCAAGAGAUUGCCAUGCCUGCUGCUGGUCCGGCAGUAGCUGCAGCACCUGCCGCGGCAGACGACGCACCCGAAAAGCCCAAGGAGAAAACUAUCUUCAACGUCAAGCUUGAGUCUUUCGACGCUGCCGCGAAGCCAAAGAUUAUCAAGGAAGUCAAGGCACUUGUGCCCAACCUCACUCUCAUUGACGCCAAGAAAUUCGUCGAGUCCCUUCCGAAGGUCUUGAAGGAGUCGUUACCAAAAGAGGACGCAGAGAAGAUCAAAAAGACCUUCACGGAUCUCGGGGGCAUCGUCGUUCUCGAGUAG